UAUACAUACACGAGUAAAAUCAAGAAGGGAAAGUAAGACGAGAUGUACAGAGAUCCGAACAGUUCCUCGGGAAGCGGCACCUCCACAAAGGACGACGAGGUCGAGAUCGUUAGCAGAUUUUUAGCGCCUUUGUGCGCGAGAGAUGAAGCUGCCAGAAACAUCGCCUUGGCGGCGGCCAGGAACACGGUCGAGGGAUGGCUCGGAGGGGUUGGUAGUCCGAAUCAUUCGGACGACACCGGUGAGAUGGAGGAUUCGGAGAAUCUGGGGGGGAAGUUCAAGAGCCAGGAUGGAAGAUACGACAUGAACAUGGAGCGAUCACCGACCAAGUCGGCACCGAAGAACGUCCAGCCUCCUCUCCAGCAGCCUCUGCUUCAAGACACGUUCAGGACGGAGGGUUUCUUUCCUCAGAGCGUCACCGAGAAUCCCGCAUUCCUCGAAGAUACCAGCCUCGACUGUUCCGAGAGAUAUCCGUCGGGCUCGUUCGAUUGCGUGGACGGGCGUCUUGGAAACGAAACGGGCUACGGUACACCGAACGAGAGGCGAAGAUACGCGGCCGACGUGGACAGUUACAGGUCCGGCCACUCGACGUCGUCCGACGAGGGGAAAGGUUUCAAGAUCGAUUCUCAGGACAGGUGUCUAAGGUUUAAGGACACGUCGGAGGCGCGAUUCGGGUCGAGCAGCGAGAGCGAGAGGAAAUACCUCGGCUCGUCCUCGAGCGAGAGAUUGAACGAGGCGUGUCUGGAGGAUAGGCCCAGAGCGAAGAACUACGUGAAGGUGAAAGGCGCGAAGCAGAAGCAGCUCGAGGAUGACGAGCUUGACUCAGAUAUAAGGAUAUACGGGAAGAGCCCGAAAUUCGACGAGAACUUGGGCGCGAAUUUCGACCGGAGGAAUUUGAACUUCCGCCCGAAGGGCGGCGACAUCCUGCCGCGGGAACGACUCUGUUACGACAGUGUGGACGAUGUCUCUUUCGACGAGACCGAGAUGACGAUCAGGAACCGGGACGGGGUUGUGUUCAACACUCUGGACGGUUUCGAGAACGAGAACGCCAAUGAGAUAUAUCACAGGCAGGACGACAAUCGUGCGGAGGACACGAAGUUGAAGAAUUUCGAGAUCUAUCAGGAUGAGACGUUGGACGAUGGCAGGCUUCGUACCGCUCGUGUCGAGUUGCCGCAAGAUUAUUUGAGGAAAAACGAGGAACGGAAGUUCAGCGCUGGACAGAUCAAGAGACCGCUCUCCCAGGACGAAGAUGUCUCUUCGAAGAGUGGCAGGGUGUUGGAGAGUCCUGACGUCACGCCCGGGGAUGUUGGUAGGAUGCUUAAUCUGGGAAAUGCCCUGGAUGGGCCGAGGCAAGCCCAGGCGAAUAAGUAUUUGAGCCUGGUGACGUUGCAUCUACCGGUGAUAUUGAGGCUUAGCGUGAACUGCCCCUUCCAGAAUGUUAGGAUCAAGUGUGCGGAGAUUCUGGAGAUGGUUAAGGAUAGAGGACUUCCAGUACCAGUGCCAGCUUUCGAUGGACCUAGUGCCUUCGUCCCUACGUCCGAGUUGCCAGAUUUGAACAAUCUUGAUGAAAAGACUCAUAUUCUGUUGAUGGAUGCGUUCCUCCAGAACAACAGGCUGGACCAUGUCUCCAGGGUGAUGGCCUCGCAUCCCUCGUACUUGGAGCAUUUUCUCCGCACUCAACAUUUCAUCCUGAGGGGUGACGGACCGCUUCCUUACGACUACAGGCAUCUCAUCGCCAUUAUGGCUGCUGGUAGACAUCAAUGCAGCUAUUUAAUAAAUCUGCAGAAAGGAGAGUUCAUCCUCCAAGGCGGUGAUCCAUCUUGGCUUCGUGGUUUGAAGUCGAUCCCGGGAAAAUUACAAGAUCUCUAUGAGAUUAACAAGAUUUUAGCUCAUAGGCCGUGGUUGCUGAACAAAACGCACAUAGAGAAAUUGACCAAAGGCGCGGACAGUUGGUCCUUGGCCGAGGUCGUUCACGCGAUAGUUCUUCUGGCCCACUUCCACUCCCUUUCGUCUUUCGUCUUUUCCUGCGGUAUUAACGAAGAGCUGGACAACGUAGCCGGUCACCAUUACAAAGAGAACGUCCAGGAUAAUAGCAAUAACGUACCAACUGCCAAAGACAAACUUUCCAGUAGUCCCAAGAAGAUCCCCAAUGGCGACGGCAAGACUGAAAACAUGCCAUCGCCGCCAUCCUCGCCGAGCAUAGUAGGUGAACAGGAGGUCGGCGUGGAGGCGCUCAUGGAACGUAUGAAACGCCUUUCCGAGAAAUCGGAGUCGUACCAGAUCACGCAAGAGGAACUGUCGAAGAGAUUCGAGACCGUGGAGACCCAGUCCGCCGAGUUGGCAGCCGCGCCUCAGAGGAGUAGUUCGGUCCUCGACUCUGACAUCGGUCAUUUCAUCGAAGAUCCUACCUUCAUCUAUCAGGAUUUCGCCAAGCGUGGCCAAUUGAGCGACAUACCCACGUUCCGCGUGCAAGACUACUCAUGGGACGAUCAUGGUUAUUCAUUGGUGAACCGCCUCUACAACGACGUCGGUAAUCUGCUCGACGACAAAUUCAAAACGGCGUACAAUCUCACCUAUUACACGAUGGGCACGCACAGCAAGGUGGACACGUCCCGUUUCAGACGGGCGAUCUGGAAUUACAUUCAGUGCAUGUUCGGUAUCAGGCACGACGAUUACGAUUACAACGAGGUUAACCAGCUCCUCGAGCGCAGCCUGAAGACGUUCAUCAAGAGCGCCGUUUGUUACCCUGAACGCGUGACCAAAAGGGAUUACGAUCGCGUGAUGAGGGAAUUCAAGCACAGCGAGAAGGUCCACGUGAACCUGAUGAUCCUGGAGGCACGAAUGCAAGCCGAGCUAUUGUACGCGCUUCGCGCCGUGAUGCGAUAUAUGACCUAAGCGAAGCAUCGUCGCCUAAGCUCCUUCGUCUACUUGCUGUCUGUCAGUUUGUCGUCGGUUUAUUUUAUCGUGUAACUCGCGCCACGGAUAUUCGCGAGUCGUCUUUGCGGAUUCUGCACACGGCACAGAAAGGAACGAGCGAACGCGACACCGAUUCUCAUAUAUUCAGUAUAUUAAAAGAAUCUAUCUUCACCACACGUAUCCAUCAUCUACACACAAUUAUCUUUAUCCAUCCAUAUAAGAGGAGAGAGGAGUUCAAGUUAUGAUGUAUACUCACACGUACACACGCGUAUGUACAACAAAACAAACACGUACAAACGCACACACACACACACAUACACACACACGUAUAGAGAAAGAGAGGGGAAAAGCGGCCCAAGUUGUCCAUUGUGAAAGAUCGUUUGCAGGGUGUCCGUCGUUUGCUCGUAACUUUAAACGACCGAGAAUUCUUUGAUGAGUCAGUGCUGAAUCUGGAAGAAGCAAUCGAAACGAGAGGGAAAACCGCGGGACGCGUGGAAGAAGAGAGAAAAAUUAGACGCGAUAUGCGUCGUAUAUACACCGACGAAUGUUGAUCGAUCACGGC